UAUCUUUAUUCUCGCGCGAAUUUCUUCAGAGAUCUCAAGUUUGUCUUCUGAUUGUCAACCCUCUUCAUAGCAGUAAAUAGUGAGUGUCAAAGACAAAACAAAGCUGAAAUACAACUUCAUGCAGCGCAAAGGGACCACUACAGAGUCGGAUAUUUGAAGACAAGAAAUGGCAGGUAGAGGGGAUCUAAUGGACGGGGAUCUGGAAGAUGGAGAAAUUUCCGGAUCUGGCUCGGAUACAGAGAUGGGAACAGCCCAGGUUCCUCCAGCUUUUAGCGGCCAGUCCUUCCACAACAGAUCCGCUGUCCAGCCUUCCGCCGCCGCAUACCGAAGCGGAAAUGGGACGGUGUCCAGCGACAGUGACCAGGAUUCUUCGGACGAGGAUGCGGCUGUUUGGCGCCACAAACGCAUGAAAGCAUCCAACGCCCCCCAGCCGCCUUCCUGCACCGCCACCCGGCCAGAGCCGACCCGCAUGGCCGUCCCCAGUGCUCAUGGAGGCCGCAAAGUGAACAACAUCUGGGGCUCUGUGGUGCAGGAGCAGUGCCAGGAUGCCGUGGCUGCAGAGCUGGGCAUAUUCGGCAUGGAAGGGGAAAUCAGCAUGUCCAGCAGAAAUGUGGAGACGUAUAACUUUGUCCUGGCCAAAAAGAUAAUGGACAAGGAGAGGGAGCUGGAGAAACUGGCGAAUAAAGACGGAGAGGUGAACAUGCUGGACACAGAGCUGGAGGAUUACAUGAAAGAGCGAGGAUCAGAGGAGAGAGCGGGAGGUGAUGCCAAGAGGAAGAGGUCGGCUAAAGAGAGAAUCGGCCCCAGGGCUGAGAUGGACACAAAGGGCCGGUAUGAAAUCACAGAGGACGACCCUGAGGACAGGGUGACGGAUGAGAUAGCGUACAGGCUGCAGGAGCCUAAAAAAGACUUGAUAGAGCGCAUUGUUAAAGUCAUCGGUAAUAAAAAGGCCAUCGAGCUGCUCGGAGAGACCGCCACCCUGGAGGAAAGCGGCGGCGUGCACACCAUGGACGGCAGCCGGCGACGGACACCCGGCGGGGUGUAUAUAUACCUGCUGAAGAACACACCCAGCAUCAGCAAGGGCCAGAUCAAGAAGAUAUUCUUGGAGGAACAACAGAACGAGUGCAAGAACAAGAAGGCCGCCCAGAAGAGGAGGCGGCACAUGGUGGCGAAGAAGAUGAAGCAGGCCAUCGGCACGCUGAACCUGCAGGAGCACGACGAUGUCUCCAGGGAAACGUUCGCCAGCGACACCAACGAGGCUCUGGAGUCGCUGGAGGAGGCUGCAGAGGAGGAGGGUCAGGAGGAGUCUGCUGUUGGCAUCGAGGAGACGGCGGUGGUGUACAACGCUGCGGACCUGGAGGUCUUCUGAGGGAUGUAUGAACUCUGGGAGUAUUUGAGCAAGAACAUUUAGGAUUAAAAUUACAACAAAAUACUAAAAGUGCUGAAUAAGAGCUUCUGCAGAAUCUAAACGCCUGAGUGAUCUUUCUUUUGUUGCUUCUACCUCCAAACGAGAGCUUGUGUUAACGUCAUGAUUGAUUGUUUUCAGUUCUGUUUAUUUUCUAUCAUAGUAACUUCAAUGUUUAUGAUUUUUGAUCCGGAUGUAAUGACGUCUGGAUUCACUAAAUGAAUUUGUGUGGCUGCAAUAUGAAUAAAGGUGACUCGCGUUAAUGAAUUCAAACCAACUCUUUUUUGUUGCUUAAAAUAUGAAAAACAAUGGUUUGUUUUUAAUAAUCUAUUAUCCUCUGCUUGUUAAUACUUUUAUAUUCAGAUGAGAGUUUCAGGAAACACUUUUAUUUAUUCUGAUUUUUAAAAUGUGGUCGCUUAUUAUUCCUGCAUAUUGGGGUUUUAAUUGUCUCGUAUUUCUGAAGAUUUUCCUGACAUUGAGACUAAUAAUAAAUAAUAUCCUGUGUUCCAAA